AUGGUGCUUCUAAGGAAAGCCUUGAGGAGACUUCUGGGACCCGAGAGGGCUCCACAGAACAGAUCUCCGGAUGUUAAACACCAUCAGAGCAGAGUCUGGGGGCAAAGAAGGAGACCACCCCAUACCACUGUGCAGAGGCUCCUGAGUUGGGGGCUGCCAGAGCUCUGCAGCCGGUUCCUGUGGCGCCAGCCAGGCGAGUUCCCUGUCACAGCCUUCCUGCUGGGAGCUGGCACUGGGGGGCUCCUAGCCAUAGGUCUCUUUCAGCUCCUGGUGAACCCCAUGAAUAUCUAUGAAGAACAGAAGAUGGUGGUAUUGUACGGCUUGGUGGGUUUGGGGGCCAUAGGUUGGGGGACCUCCCCUCACAUCCGCUGUGCCAGCCUCCUGUUGGUGCCCAAGAUGCUGGGCAAAGAGGGCAGGCUCUUUGUCCUGGGAUAUGCCUUGGCUGCCAUGUAUGCAGGGCCAGUGGCCAAUCUGAAGCACAACCUUAAUGAAGUGGUAGCAUCACUGGGCUGCACUGUGGAGCUUCAGAUCAACAACACCCGUGCAGCCUGGCGCAUCUCCACAGCCCCACUCCGGGCAGUGUUCAAGGACUUGCUGGGCAGCAAAGACUCACUGAAAGCAGAGACUCAGAACAUCUCCACUGCCUUUAAGGACCUGGAUGCCCAGGUGAGCAGUGAGGCUGGCUAUGCACCUGAGGAUGUCGUGGACUCUGAGGAAACAGCCCCAGGUGCAGGGGCCCAGAAGGCUCCCAGCACUAGGUUCCACCUGUCAACCCAGAAGAUGUUUGAGCUGAAGACCAAGCUGCGCUGCUCCUACGUCGUGAACCAGGCUAUUCUCAGUUGCCAACGCUGGUUUGAUCGAAAGCAUGAACAGUGCAUGCAACGCAUCUGGGUCCCACUCCUGAACCAUUUGCUCUGCCUGCCGAUGAAAUUCAAGUUCUUCUGUGGCAUUGCCAAGGUGAUGGAGGUCUGGUGCCGCAGCCGUAUCCCAGUGGAAGGCAACUUUGGGCAGACCUAUGAUUCUCUCAACCAGUCUAUUCGUGGCCUUGAUGGGGAAUUUUCAGCCAAUAUUGACAUCAAGCAGGAGAAGCAGGCUGGGCUGCUGGGCCUCAACACGACCUGGGAACACGUGAGCACCGAGGUUCAGGACUACGUGGAGCGGCAGGAGGCCCGGCUGGAGUGGCUCUUGGGGCUGCUGCAUGCACUGCUGUCCUGCACCUUCCUGCUGGUCCUCCGAGCGUCCUUCUCCUACACGGACAGUUACAACCAGGACAUCCGCUUUGACAACAUCUACAUCAGCACCUAUUUCUGUCAGAUCGAUGAGCGCAGGAAGAAGCUGGGUAAACAGACUCUACUGCCACUCCGCAAGGCUGAGAAGAAGAGCCUCAUCUUCCCCUGCAAAUUCACCAUCCAGGCCUCAGAAAUGAGCAGUUUGGUGAGAAUGCUCCUGGAGACAGUGCCUGUCCUGCUGCUUCUGCUGGUGCUCUGUGGGCUCGACUGGGCCUUCUACUCGAUCUUCGAUACUAUCCGCCAGCACUCUUUCCUGCAGUACUCCUUCCAUAGCAAUCAUAAACUGGAGGUGAAAGUCGAGGGACACUCCAUGCUUGCCCGGCUUCUUCGGAAGACCAUUGGGGCCCUGAACACUUCUUCAGAUACAGCAGUAGAAUCAAACAAUAUGCCCUGUCUGCCCCAGCCUGUGGGCCUGGACGCCAGGGCCUACUGGAGGGCCACUUUUCCCAUCGGCCUGCUGCUGUGUCUCUGCCUGGCCCAGGCUUUCGGCUACCGGCUCCGAAGGGUCAUCGCAGCCUUCUACUUUCCCAAGCGAGAGAAGAAGCGGGUCCUGUUCCUCUACAACGAACUAUUGAGGAAGAGAGCAGCCUUCACCAAGCUGAGGCGGGCUGCCAUCAUGAGGCGGGCAAAGCAGCAGAGGGCUCCGCGCCACCACCUGGUGGACACCCUGCACCAGCGCUGCCCUGUCCUGCGCCGCUGGCUUCGCCGGCGCUGCGUGGUGUGCCAAGAUCCCGAGACGCCAGAGUCCUACGUGUGCCCGACGCCAGACUGCCAGGCUGUGUACUGCCGGUCGUGCUGGGACGACAUGCGGCAGCAGUGCCCGGUCUGCACGCCUCGCGAAGAGCUCUCCUCUUCCGCCUUCAGCGACAGCAACGACGACACCAUCUACGCGGAGUGAAGGCUGGGGCUCGCUUUCCGCCCAGCCACAAGGCUGAGGAAAGGCAGCGAAGGUUGCGGACCUGGGGCGAAAGUAGACAAG